GAUUGUGAAACAAGAAGCAGACCACGCCCAGAGGGAGUCGCCAGAGAAGGCAGAGCCGCGGAGGACCAAUGGUGUCCCAGAACCACGGCCCAUCGACAUCCUGGAGCUGCUCAGCAAAGCCAAGGAGGAAUACCAGAGAGCUCAGGCAGGUGAAACAGAUGUGUCUGCAGAGCCUAAUGUGAAAGCAGCUAUCACCGCCACAGAGCGUGCGCACAGCACACCACAACCUGAAAAGAGCUCUCAUUCAAUGGUGAAGCAGAUCACAGUUGAGGAGCUCUUUGGAUCACCCCUCCCUAAAGACCCCUCUUUAUCCACCAUGCCUGCACAGAACACUGCUUCCAGUGACCCUUCCACAGGUUACCUCCAAAACCAGUCUUAUCCCACUCCAGCCCACCAAAACCACCUCCCUCCUCAUCUUGCAGCCCAAGACCCUGGGUCAAAUCAUCAGCACCAAGCCCCUGGUCUGCUCCCAGCUCAGUACACGCUACACUCCUCCCCUGUUUUCAAAUCAGUGGUCCCCAGGUCAGACCCCCAGCCUCGGUGCUCAGUCUCCCCUCUCAUGGUGCCUCCAGCUGGCUCAGAGCCUCGUGCCGCUCCGUCUGGUCCUACAGCACCAUCAGCAGCUCCCACCGCCUACUUGGGACAGGACAUACUCGGCACGCUCAAACCGGCAGUGCAAUGUAUGAAUUCAGACAUCCACAAACCUAUCCUCGCACCAAACUUCCUGCCAAGCACGCUGUUCCCACCCCACAGUUUCCAAGAGCCCAUGGGGAAACCCCCUCUCCAGCACAGCAAGGAGAUGGAUGUUUUCUCGCCGCCUACAAACCUGAUCAAACCAAUGUCUGCUGUCCCCAUGAGUCCAGGUCUUGUUGUUCCAGGGCCGCAGGUGCUUCUCUCCCCCAGCGCCUUCCAGCAGUCCAUCAGUAAAACAGCAGCAGCAGCAUCAGUGGUCCCUCCUUCCCCCUCCGAGCCCUCCUCCACCUCUGUAGGAGACCCGCCACAAGCCCUCUGCAGCAAAACACAGCUACAGGAGACCCUGAUACACCUCAUUAAGAACGACCCAGACUUCCUCAGUGCCAUUCAUGAUGCUUACCUGCAGAGUCUGUCUCAGGAGUUCAGCAACAUGAAGCUAUAGUCUCCUUCAGCCAUCACCGCUGUUCACCACUGUCUGUGCUUUGACCCCUUCAUGACCUGUGAAGAAUCCAGAAGCUAAUGGGAAUUAAAAGAAGUGCGGAUAACAGGUUUUUGGCACACUGCACACCACAACCCUACAAAACCAAUCUGUGUUCUGAGCGUUAAUAUAGCAUGUGCACCGCAACGUUCCUCUGUUCCUGACUCAGAACUUGUUUUUUGAGUUCUCCCCUGAACGCUGAUCCUGAUUGCUACUCUUGUGGCUUUUUGUCCAAUUAUGUCAAACCAGAGCUACAAGAGGAGAGAAGAAUGAGCUAGAACUUCCCAGUGUGGCCUUGAGUUUUCCUUCUUAUUUUAUAAAUUUUGAUGAAACAUUCGAUCAUGUACUGGUAAAGUUAAACUGGUUUUAUUCCCUUGAGGAUGGGACCACAGUGGAGCUUCGGUGACAUCAAAUCUUUUGACUUUUGACCUUGGGACGGGACAGACAACUUUGCAGCUUGAACAUUAUGAGAAUCACAGAUGCUGCUUUCUUUGGAGUUCUCGCAGUGCAAGAGCAUGGGAACAUACACUCCAACUGCUUAUUAAGAAAAAAGACUUCUGUGCUGCGGACCUCGGAACUGUUUUGGUGGUCUUUGCAGACAAAGUGUCCCACUGUGUGGCGUUCAAAAGGACUAGUAAUUUUCACUAAUUGAUCCUUCUCCCUUAAAGUAAUGCUGAGGUCUGUAUAUUUUUGGUAUCACCACAGAGACACACCGAACAACCGUUACAGUUGUGUCAUUUUGUGAUGUGUCCGUAUCUCUUAAAAAGGUCGUCCAAGGAAGAUAAAGAACUUCUGUUGUUUGGAGAAGCACUUGCAGCUAACAGCUCAAACUAAAAAUGAGGGCUGCCUUUUUUAAUGUUAUGUUAGAGACUGACAAGUUUAUAAAGGCACACAGACACACAAAGCAGCUUUCUUCACCACAUUUCUCCCUAUUCUUGAUCUUCUUUUGUAUUGUUCAUCUCUCCUCCACUAGCAGAGCUCACAGGAGCUUACUUGGAGGGGAACCUCGCAGGAGAAUAUCGUCGCUAUGCCUUUAGGGAUGCCAGCAUUUUAGGAUAUUUUACAAUGGUAUAGUAGAACUCUUAUCUAAACCUCUGGGUUCUGGUCCUGUAACUGAUCUACACUUCAAGUAUGAGCAAAAACCAUAAAUGCAUUUGAUAGCUUCAGAAUGUUUCAAACCAGUAAUCCAAACUACUAAUGACGCAUAAAAUACCUCCAAUCCUACCUCCAAUGAUUUUUUCACUAGCCCACAGUUAAAUCUUAAGUCAUAAAGACUUAAAGAUAGAAUAAAUUGUGGUAAUUUGUUGGGGGGGGUUUGCAGUAAAAGGCUACUGCAGCACAGAACUAUAAACCCUGCAGACCGCAGCGAGCACAGGAAGAAGCACAUCUGUUUGUCAUCAGUGAAAACUGAUCUAAUGUAUAUCUGGACGUCUGCUUUUCCAUCUACCCUGUUAGCAUAGACAAGACCAUUAAAACCAUCUCAAAAUGAUGUAGAGGCAUGGAAAUUUAAGUUGUAAGGUUUUCUGACAGCUGGUACAGUGAUGUUUGACGCCAGCAGUCGGCUCAUUGAUGAUCAGGCUACUUUUUCCGAUGUCUAUACUGUAGUUCUCUUUGUAAUCAGUAUAUCAAGUCAUUCCAGAUUGAAAUAGACGUUUUCCUUUUUUUGCAGCAACAGGAAUUGCAGAGAUUAACGCUCUCUUUGAAAAUGUUCAUGUCACUUGUGGAACAUUCAGAAAAUCAUGUAAUCAACAAUUGAAAAUAGCUGAAUGACAAUAUGAAUUUCUGUCUUGAUUGUGACACCAUGACUUUGCAUUUGGUCCUGCUAUUUGAAUGUAUUUGAUGUUUACUUGCAGUAUGUGCCAGUCAUGUUUUCUUCUGUCCUGCAUAUUUAAUUUGAACUCAGAUCCACAUGCUUUCCGUACUGACUUGUUAACUGUGUUUUUCAACAUUUUGAUUUGUAAUGCAAAAAGGACAUGUCCACAGCCAGGAUUCAAAUUGUCUGUACACUUCAUUGCCCUGUUAUAAUUUUUCAUUUCAGAGGUCAUCUGGCCAACACUUCUGGAAUGUGUUGGUUAAAUAAACGCACACAGGAAGAAUGAUUUAAAUGUAGAGUUUUUUUAAUCCCAGUUAGAUAUUUAAGAUUUUACGGUUGUUUUACGCUUUAGUAUAAUUUAUCUUAUCGGCCAGAAAUAAGAAUUUGGGAGAGUCUUAGCAAAUUACAUAAAUUUUCUGAGAUUGUUGUUACUAUGCGUUAUUUGGUUUAUUAUGGCUAUUUUGUGAUAUUAAAGAUUUGAAAAUAGGGUUGUCUGUGUUUGUUUCCUGCUGAGGAGCUGCUGUGUGAAUUAAAUUUUUGUAUGUUUUAAACCGGUCAAAUUUGUGAGUCCAAAUUAACAUUUUCUAACAGAGGUUCCCAAUUUACUCCUUUUUCUGUUGUGUAAUGUAGCCCACACAAAUUGAGAGAACGUCUAACUACAUUAAUAAAAAGGACAAGAG